UUUUAAAUGAAACGCUGUCCGGGACAGCGUUUCAUGGCCAUAUAUCAGCAUGUUCACUUCAGCAGAAUGCGCAAGAACUCAACCUCAACCUCAACGCUUUCCCUCCUCCCUCUCACACUAAACCACGACCGUACUCAAACACCCGCAUUGCCGCCGCCGCCCACCCUUGCGCCACCGCUGCUGCCGCCACCUUGCUGCUGCCCUCCUCCCUCUCACACUCACUCACUCAAUUUCGUGAUACGAUGGACGGUGAAGAUCGUACGCCUGGACCCGUUGACCCUUCUGUGCUUACACUACAGGGCACACACCGCAGCGUUGCCGUAUGGGAUCAGACGGUUGAUCCGGCAAAGCAGCUCGUUUGCAGGCAUUACACCACCAGGUUCAUGGUGGGGUGGGGAAUCGAUCCUCGCGUUUUGGCGUACGUCGAGUUUGUCGGUUUAGGUGGUUUUCACCGUAUGGCGUAUAGGGAGAUCGAUCGAGCGCUUGUCACUGCGCUCGCGGAGAGGUGGAGACAGGAGACGCACUCCUUCCACCUACCUGUUGGUGAGACGACCGUUACGUUACGGGACGUGGCGAUUCUUACGCGCCUUCCAGUACAUGGGUCUGCGGUGACAGGACACGCGUUAGUCGAUCCCGUCGGUUUGGUUGGUUGGGUACUUGGUGUCCAGCCAGGUCCCGCCGAUAUUAGGGGAUCCGGGUUGAGGACCGGCUGGGUCCGUGAGACUUUCCGUGAGCUACCACCAGGGGCUGAUGACGCCCAGGUUCAGAGAUACGCCCGGGCGUACUUGUUCUUCCUCAUCUCGGGCGUGUUGUUCGGGAAUAAGAGCGGGAGCCAUCUCCAGCUCAUUUACAUGCAGCUGUUGGACCACGACUGGGAUCAUAUCCGAGGCUACAGCUGGGGUAGCGCCUGUCUGGCGACGUUGUAUCGCCAGCUGUGCAGAGCAUCCCACGUAGGUGCUAACGAGAUUGGAGGUCCCCUGAUUGUCCUCCAGUUCUGGGCUUGGGAGCAUAUCCAUGUAGGCAGACCAGGCAGACCUGCGAUACACCGUCGGGGGAGCAGGACCAGGACGACCAGUACCAGGCGUACGAUGCUCCCCCGCUCCCUACACCGGAUGAGGCAUAUGGUUGCAGGUGGGUGGUACCCAGGCUGACACAUGCUCAUGCGGCGAGGGGUCUUCCGUAUUACCGAAAC